UCCCCCGGAGCAGUCCAGUCUCCUCCCUCCCCUUGGCGCAGCGGAUCAGCCAGCCAGCCAGCCAGCAACGGCGCCAGAGCGAUGGGGCCCCCCACCCGCAGCGAGUUCGGCUUCUCCGUCGCCGGCAGGCGCAAGCGCUCGCCGGAGUUCCCCUGCGUGUCGCGCUUCCGGCAGCGGCGGCUCAUCUCCUUCCUCGGGCACCACAACUUCUACCGCACCGUGGAUGUGUUGGUGACCCAGACGGACGUGUUCCUGUGCCUGAAGCACCUGGCCGAGCUGGUGGACGCGGGCUCCUAGGACAAGGCACUCGACUACCUCUCCCGCUUCCUGCCGUCCGACGGCCCGCUCGGCGUCCACGGCCGCGCCCUCUUCCACUACCUCCGCGUGCACAAGGCCAUCGACGACGUGCUCGCCGGAGCCCCGGAGGCCCGCUCCGUCACCACCGCCCUCGACCAGUGCAUCAUCCGCCACCCCACCAAGAGCCACGCCCUCACCAGGCUCCGCGCCAUCUUCUCCUCCCUCCUCUGCUCCAAGCGAUACAGGGCUGUCCUGGACAUAGGGCGCGCGAGGCACAAGGCUAAACUGACUAUCGUCGACUUGGUUUGUAAGACUCCAGAGUUGAAAGACCACAUGCGACACGCCCGCGGCCCAAUGGAACCCCAGAACGUGCUUCCCAUUGGCUUCGGCUACGCCUGGUACGCCUACCGGUCCAUUUGAUGCAAUCAUGUGACUCUAAAAACUGGCUCUGUUUGAUCACCUCUCAUUCUCAUAUAUAUGCUGCAAUUAAUCUUUACUACUUUCCGUCCGAGGCGCCACGUGAAGAAACGAGACGGCCGGGUCUCGGCGUCUGUGCUUGGCAGGCUUUAUCUUGAGAGAAGAAGAAGAAGAUGCUGCCUUCUUUGACUUCAGACGAUCACUCCCAGGGGUUAACUCGUGAGUCAUUAAUUAAGGCCAAGGAAUGGCUUGUGGAUCUUGUUGAGAUAAGUUUGGAAACCGGCAAGAUGAGUGAAGCGGAACUGACUCAAUCUGCCUCUAACAAAGGUGGUCCGGUUACUCCAGUCUCACGGACUAAUCUUGCUACCUUCAAAAUGGUUACUAAUCGUACAUUAUUCCGCAAGGCAAAAGAAUGGAUGGUAUAUUUUACAGAGGAAUAUUUGAAAGCUUGGCCAGACGCGAGUCAAGAUGAUCUACCUCAACUUUUCUGCAAGGAUGGUGAUCCUGAUGGCACAGUAUCCCAUUAUUCCCAUUCAGUGCCUGGUAGCUUGACUAGUCUUGCUGAAAAUUCAGCGUUUGCAUCAGUCAAAAAGCCAGACUUCGCAGAUUGAAACCGGAACUGAAGAUCAGCAAGCAAAACGUGAAGAUCAGCAAGCAACGUGAGUGUCUAAUUGAGUGGUAGCAUCGAUUGUACCACCUGCUGCUUUUGCCUUUGCGAAGACGGUCAAUUAGCUACCUACUGGUGCUACUUGACGUUAAGCUACUUGUUAGGGGCUUGCAAGUCUUGUGUAUCUUCUAUUGUUAUGUUAUCCUGCAACUCUUUCUCCUAGUUCCUGCUUCCUACUAUCAUUAGGGCAAGUGAACCAGAUCUAUGUGUAUGUAAGCUGCAGUCUGAAUGUGUGAGAACUGAAAAAAAAUUCGAAAUCUGGAUCUUCUUAUUC